AUGUUCAGGCUACUGCUCAGAUCAAUGUCAAGUUUGUUCCUUUUCAGUGCUCUAUUUUCUAUCGCGGGAUUUCUGGUUGAGGGUUCGGUCCACGAGUAUAAGGGGGAGAAAUUCGUGGGGAGAGGGAAUGCCUUGGUCGUUCAUGGCGGCAGUGAAGGAAUUUAUUUCUCCCGGCCUUCUUCCAAUCUCACCGACAUGGCCGCUAAUGGAGAUGCUUUCAUUCGCCUCGAAAAGGUCACAUUCCGAAGACCCGAGGACUUGCACAACUUCACUUCAGGACUAGUCCAAGCUAUCAUAUUCGAAGUAGAAGAUAGAGAGCUGAUCGGUGGUUCAGCCUAUGGUGGCCAGAGAGCAAUCUGCUGUACUCCCGAUCUCGCCAAACUUGAUGCCUGCACUCAAGGCGAGAUCAUCCAUCGGCCGUCAACAACAAAUCCAGGCUUCCCCUAUGUACUCACCACCUCUUUCAGUCUUGACAAAGACGUGGCGAUACUGCCAUCGAGGUCGAUCGAGAUCACCAAAACUGGCAUGUACAACUUAUACUUCAUGAUCUGCGACCCAAAUCUUAAAGACGUGGUAGUAGAAGAAGGGAAAACUAUAUGGAAGAACCCUACAGGAUACCUCCCUGGAAGGAUGGCCCCACUGAUGAACUUCUAUGCAUUCAUGUCUAUUGCAUUUGUCAUACUCGGGAUAUUCUGGUUCUCACAGUACGCCCGGUUUUGGAAGGAAGUUUUCCCAUUGCAGAACUGCAUUACUCUGGUGAUUACCUUGGGGAUGUUUGAGAUGGCAUUGUGGUACUUUGACUAUGCGGAGUUCAACGAGACUGGGGUUCGGCCGACUGGGACUACUGUGUGGGCGGUUACAUUUGGCACUGUGAAGCGCACAGUGGCACGUCUAGUGAUACUGAUUGUGUCGAUGGGAUAUGGGGUGGUGAGGCCGACGUUGGGAGGGCUCACUUCGAAGGUGCUAAUGCUAGGAGGGACGUUUUUCUUGACUUCGGAAGUGCUUGAGUUGGUGGAGAAUGUUGGUGCUGUGAGCGACAUUUCGGGCAAGGCAAUACUGUUCUUGGUUCUCCCUGUUGCACUCUUGGAUGCUUUCUUCAUCCUCUGGGUAUUCAAGUCGCUUUCUGCCACGUUGAAUAAACUUCAGGCAAGAAGAAUGAUGGUCAAGCUGGACAUAUACCGGAAGUUCACAAACGCUUUGGCAGUAGCAGUUGUUGUUUCAGUUGGUUGGAUUUGCUACGAGUUGUACUUCAAAUCGCGUGAUGUUUACAAUGAGCAUUGGCAGAACGCAUGGGUCAUCCCGGCUUUCUGGCAAUUCCUCUCCUUCUCUCUCCUCUGUGUCAUCUGUGCUCUUUGGGCUCCCUCUCAAAACUCAAUGCGGUAUUCUUACUCCGACGACACCAACGAAGAGUUUGACAAGGACGAGAGUUCCUUGAGACUCAUCAAACCAGCUUCCUACCCCACAAAGGAUGGUCUACAUGCGCCUGAGUCCAGACCAGUCACAAAUAGCAAUGGAGCAACCGAUGACGACACAGGAGAAGAGAAGACGGCGUAA